ACACCUGCAGGACUCUAGUUACAGAGGAACAAGGAAAUGAAAAAUGAGCAACUGAUCAACUCUAGGCAUCUGUGCACUGACGACGAUCUCUGCCAUGGGGAGCAGUUUAACCAAAGCAAUAAAUAAAUGGAGAAUAAAUCCAAGAAAACUUUCACAAAAACAGACAAAAAGAAAAGGUCCAACUGCGGUUCCUUCCCAUCAGGCCCGUGUUGAGGCUCACAUGUAUGACCUUCCGUCAGCUGAACCGCAGUAUGCCCAGGUGAAUAAAAACCGGAAGCAGAAUGAGGAUGCUUUACACUACGCAGAGAUUCAAGUCCUACAGUCUGAAACUGCGACCAGCAGAGCAAAACUGAAUCAGACUUCAAACAACGACGUCACGGAGUAUGCAACCAUAGACUUUAAAAGUACUGUGAAUACACAGACGUCAGCUGAGCCUGCAGAUUUAUUCAUCCCACCUGGAGAACUACAGAGACCAAACAUGAGCUUUUCUCACAGGAAGAAUGUCCACUCAAAACGAGCAGUUAUGGCGUGAACAAACAAAAACACAUUUCCGUGUAUUUUUGUAUUAUUCUAUCCUGCUGUUUUACUAUUGUACCUUUGAACAAGGCAUUCCAGUGCCAUAAAGAGGUUGUUUGUUUAAAAUA